CCACUACUGCAGCCAAAGGGGGCAAUCGUCAUGACCCGUGAUUACAAGCCUGGAGACCUGAUUUUUGCCAAGAUGAAAGGCUACCCUCACUGGCCGGCUAGGGUGGAUGAACUUCCUGAUGGGGCUGUAAAGCCUCCUACCAAUAAAAUGCCUAUUUUCUUUUUCGGCACUCAUGAAACGGCAUUCUUGGGACCAAAGGACAUAUUCCCUUAUGAGGAAAAUAAGGAGAAGUAUGGCAAACCAAAUAAGCGGAAGGGAUUUAAUGAAGGAUUAUGGGAAAUUGAUAACACCCCUAAAGUAAAAUUCUCGAGUCCACAGAAUAUUUUGGCAAUUACGAAUGCUGCACUGAAAGAGGCAGAAGAAGCGCAGGAGGAAAGCGUUGAGGAAAGUGAGGAGAAAGGUGCAAAGAAAAGGAAAUCUAGUGCAUCAAAGAUUUCUAGCAAACAAUCUGACACAUCAUCCAGUGGACUUGGAUCUCCAGAAAAAGAUUUGAGCACAUCAAAAGAGGACACCAGCUUCUCUGAGCAAACUGCAAACGAACAGUCUGGUUUGGGAAAAGAGUCCCCUGUUAAAGGAAAAAGAGGGAGAAAAAGAAAGGCGGAUAAAUUGGUAGAGCCGGACCAGGAUUCCGCCUCUGUACCUGUGAGCCCACCAAAACAAAGUCCCAAAAGAGGCAGACCAGCUUCAGCUGAAGUCAAGGUUCCUAAACCAAGAGGAAGACCAAGAUUAAUCAAGCCACCUCCUUCUCCAGGGCAUGGCGUCACAAGUGAAGAAGAUCAGGCCAAUAAAAAAGCACUAGAAAACAAAGCGCAAAAGCAGCUUUUACAAAAAAAGGAUGAUGAGGGUGCAAAACAGGAAGUUGAUAAACAAAGGAAGGAGCCUGAUAAAAAAGAGACUGAAUCUAAAAAGAAGAUUACAGGCAAGAUUGAUUCCCCUUCUCACUCUGAUUCAGACUCGGAGGAUCAAGAAGAAGGAAAGAAGGGCAAAGGACGCAAACAAGUGACCCAGAAGCGCAGCUUAAAGCCCGAAAAAGAAGCAGCUGUUAAAAAGCAUAAAGUGGAUGAUGCCACUAAGACAGAAAGCCACAGCAAAGAGGAAGUGAGGAAACUUGAAGUUAAAAAUCUGGACAAGAAAAAAGAACCAUCUACAGAUGCCAGACUUCAACGGAUACACGCAGAGAUUAAAAGCUCCUUAAAGAUUGACCACCUGGAUGUGAAUAGAUGCAUUAAUGCCUUGGAUGAACUGGCUUCACUCCAAGUAACGAUGCAGCAAGCUCAGAAGCACACAGAAAUGAUUACUACACUAAAAAAGAUUCGACGGUUCAAAGCCAGCCAAGUGGUUAUGGAAAAAGCUACAAUGUUGUACAACAAGUUCAAAAACAUGUUCCUGGUUGGUGAAGGUGACACUGUUAUAACUCAAGUUUUGAACAAGUCUCUAGCAGAACAGAAGCAGCAUGAGGAGGCAAACAAAGCCAAGGAAUCCGGGAAGAGAGGGCCUCAUAAGAAGAUAGAAAAGGACCAAAGUUCAGAGACAAAAGCUGUUAAUGGCAGCAAAGAAUCCCAAGACCAAGCACAACAAAACGGGGACAGUGGUGAAGAGAGUGAGGGCAAAGACAAGACAGAAAAACGUGUUCUUAGCGGAUCAAAAGGGACUGAGCCCAACAAACACACAGGUGAUGAUUCUGCCUCGGACAACUGAUGGAUGAAAGACCUAACUUUGGAAAGGGCUGAUGUGGCGGUUUGCCAGCGGGUUCGUUUUAGACUGAUGAUACUUUUAAAUCAUUUUAUAAUAGUGUUUUGCUGUCCAAAAUGUAAACAAGAAAUACUUUCAAAAUGCCUAUUUGUUAAAUUGCUCGGCAAUGUUGGAGGAACUUUGGAAAUAUUAGCACCUAUUUCAGUUUUUAUUCUGUGCUGGGUUUACAUCUGAACACUUUUUAUUUUUAGAUCUGGGACAAAGGGCCUCCUAACCAAUCAUCAUUUUGUAUUAUAUUGUUAUUGCCUUCGGGCAAUUGCUCUUCAGUAUUUUACUCCCUCUAGGCUUACAAAGUCCACAAUACUAGUCCGUUUUAUUGUUGUCUCAGACACAGCUGCUACAGAGCACUUUCAACUUGAUGUCCAUCGUGAACCUGUCAUGAGGCUGUAGACGACAACAAUAGCAAAGCUUAGUGUGCCUGUUAUUGUCUCCAAGAACACUGAUCCGAGACGCACAAUGCAAAUUCAUAAUGUAUGUUCCUGGAUCUCAGACCCAUUGCAAUAUCCCUUUUCUAGUCAAAGAAUCUAAUGAGCUUUAUGGCUACUAUGUUGUCGAGUUGUGUGCUCAAAAGUUUGCCAAUUAGCCACUAGGUGGAGUCCCUCUAUUUGCAAGAAUUUUGCAUCCUUACAAAUGUGCCAUUCCAGUUUUUCCCACUGUUUGGGGUUCCCCCCCUCCCCUCUUUUGGCUACAUCUUUCCUCUAUGGAAGGAGUAGCAAAUGUAAUUUUAGGGUAGGUUAUUGUAUACUCUGGCGUAAUAAUCUUACAAAACCUAUGGAGGUAAGUUUUUGUGUGUGAAAAGAAAAGUGGCAUUGGUGGGGAAAAAACUGUUUUUUUUCAUUACGGCUUCAAGAAGGCUAUUUCUCUGCAACUACAGGGGGACUGUUUUGGAGCAAAAGUGUGGGAUUUCAUGUGUUCUAACAGUGCUACUAAUAUUUUACCCAUUUACUGGUUUAUUCUAUGUUGUGUUUAUGGAGAUAAUUUAGAGGCAGUAUAUUUUUUAUAUAGCAGUGAAAGGUGUUAUGUGGAUUUAAAUGUUUUGGCUUGUUUUUUUUGUAUUUGCAGUGGAACGUAAGCUUGCUAUGUAAAUAGAAUUCUGUGUCAAACUUAUUUUCUUGUGCUUUUGUAUUGAAGGCUCAAAUAAAACUGUUUAAAAUGAUUAUAGAA